GCGUCCAGCGCUGUCGGGAGCUCGCAGCUGCUGAUGCCGAUCGGCAAAACCCUGAGGGAGGGAUGCAACACAGCUUGGUUGCUUUGGCAAUCACAUUGAAAGCUGCCAAACAUGAACACAAGCUGCUCGUAGCGACCACGUUGUUCCAACUAGCGCUGCCGGCCCCUGCAGCUGCAUUCUUGAACUUGUCGAGACUGCCCUUGUCCUUGCCCUACCUUCUGGCUGGCUGACUUAUUCCAGCUACCAUGAGCGCUAGCACGCUGGGCCACGUCCAGCCAGCAGCGUCGCCCGCCCGCCUGAUUCACCCCAUCCGCAUCCACACGCCCACCUGGACCCCACCUUUGCCGCGAUGAACUCGCUGUGGCCGUCGCGUGGAGGAUCUGGAAACGACGCCCAAGGGGCUGCCACGGACAAGAAACCGGUAGCAGGAACGUCCGGUGAUAUCGACGGCUCCGACGUGGCGGCAAGCCAGUCAACCGCCUCCUCGGACCCCAGCAAGAAGCCCUCUCCCUCUCCGUCCUCGACCGUGCGCCCUCCCCUCGUGCGCAACCAGCUCUCGCAGCCGCCGCCCGCCGUCCCGCCUCCGCCCUCACAGCCGCCCCCUCCUCCGGGCCAGAUGGCUGCCCAGCAGCCCCCCGACUCGCUGUCGCUGGCGCAGCUCCGCCGCUUCGUCGCCGAGUUCCCCCACCCCGAGCCGCUCGCCUACGACUUCGUCUACGAGGACUUUGGCCCGCCAGAGGAGGAGAUCGACGAGUGGUUCGUCUACCAGUUAUGGCAGGUGGUGCGCCUAAGGUCUGCCCGGAUGAACUUCGACUGGCAGUGGCAGCAAGACUUUGGAGACAGCACCGGCUGGGACAAUGCCACGCCCCACCAGCGCGCCAAGUUUCUCCAGGACGCCCUCGAAGCAUUCUCCGCCACCGACACCCAGGACCGCUCCAAGGCCAUAGGCAGGGUCGUCUAUGCCGUGCUCGGCAGGUGGAAAGAUACGGCCGGCGGGGCGACGGCCGCCGAAGGCCGUGAUGCCAAGGCCAAGUCGGCCGUGACGGACAGUCACCUAGCGGCCAUGAAGGACGCCAUCAGGCUGCUCGUCGAGAUCGACGGCCUGAGGACGGUGUGGGAUUCGCUGCAGCAGGUAUUUGAGCAGUUCUGGGGAGAUGAUCUCCAACUGCAGCCCAACAUCCUCUUGGAGGCACAGAUCAAUCUUAUGAACCUGAUGACCAUUAUGUACAUGACCUUGCAGAUGCUGCUUAGCUACCCCUCAGAGAUGUCUCAUGUCCGACCAAAGCUCCUCGAACUUAAUCCUAAUAUCGUCGGCUUUAUGCUUGUUGCUACGGCCAAGCUGCGGUGGGAUGAUAUGCAGUACAUGCCACAGACCCAAGUGUUUCUCCUAUUUUGGAAAACGAUACUGCUAGUCUUUGGAGGCACCCCAGAGAUCGUUGAGACCAAGCGGGCAACAUGCGAGACAGGGGAUGACGACAAGGAGAAGAACAUCAUCACAGCCUCCCCGCUCGACUACCAUGCUUUCCGUCAGGAAAUCACGUCCAAGUAUCCAGCAUACGUUCCGCCCCGGACGGCCAUCCCGAUAGAGGCCGACAACACAUCCUUGUUACCGCCUCUGCCGCAUCAACCAACUAGGAAUAAUGGAUCCAACGGCAUCCUACCGGGUCCCCCCAAUGCGCAGGCUAGUGGUGCUUCGAUUCUGCACCAGCCAGUACAUAUCGCCACGCCAGCGCCGUCACCCCCGCCGUCACCAGGCGUUGGCGGGAAGGGCGGCAAGAAGCAAAACUACCAGACCAACCAGAACUUCCCCUUUAUGUACCCGCCCCUGGACGCCACCAGCAAUAGCGCAGGUGGCAAGGGCAUUGCCGGCCUACAGGAUCUCCUUGUCGGACGCAAAUGGGAAGGAAGCGACAUACCCGCAUCCAUCCUCGAGGCCGGCGAACUCUUCUCCAGGCGUGUGCGGAUGACGCGGGCGACCAGGCAGCUCUGGGACGAGAGGGAAAGAUUUAUAAAGUACUCGAGGGGCUGGGACGACGAUAACAAGGACAUUGUCGACGAGCUCGAUCUCUCGGGCCUGAGUUUGAGCGAGAAGGAGGAGCUGGGGCUUUUGAAGUCCGAGAAUUCAGAUUCCAAAGAGCAAUGUCCGCCCGAUCAUGAAGUCGACUAUGGCCCUAACCCGGAAAAGCUCCCGAAGGAGGUCCGAGAACGGUUAGAGGCCCUGGAGAAAUUCUAUGACGAGGCUCUACCAAAUCUCCAGUCCCUAGUCAUCAUUCUUCACAAAACCAUCAUGCAGCACGUCUCAGUUCUCGCUUCAACACCACCCCAAGGUCAGCAACAGGCAUGCACCGCUCCGAAUGGCCCCAGGCCCGUCAACGGCGUGGGCCCCGGUCGGGGUGCCGACGCGUCCAAUGGCCCAAACACGUCCCCAGCAGGGGAUGGGUCAACAGCCUCGGAUGAGGAGAUCGAUGGCAACCGAAACCGGGAGAUCACUGCCAAAGCCGUGUCCGGGAUUCUUGUCCUUCUACUGAAGUGGCUGAAGCUUUCCCAUAUUCUCAAAUUCGAGUUCCUUGGGCAACUCCUGCUGGAUUCGAACUAUCUCCUCCUUGUUUUGAAGCUAUUUGCACACCAGGAUAUCCAACAGACGGUGGACAGCAAAACCGACGUUAUUGAGAAGAGCUUUUUUUACUGGUGCAAUCACGAGGCUGAUUUUCUGGCAAAUCCCGUCAAUGGAGAGGAAAACGACGAGAGCGAGGACGACGCUUUGCCACCACCAAUAAAGAGGCGCCGUUCACCCACGCAGGAGGCCAACGACUCUGGAGAUUCCAACGGCGACUCGGGGCAGGCGCAGACUGGGCACCCGACUCGACCCGAGGUGGACGAGCUGGGCUGCCCCGUGAACGCACUACCCAACGAGCCGAUCACGGACUUUUCGCGGCGAAACUUCUUCUCGCUCAUCAACUUCCUGCGGGUUAUGCAAAAGGUGUGCAAGGCUAAGGCGCACCGGAACCUGCUGCUGGUGCACUACAAGUCGUCCAACAUCCUGCGCAAGUCGCUCAAGGUGCCGCAGCCAGAGCUGCGGCUGUACACGCUCAAGCUGUUCAAGAACCAGGUGCCCUACUGCGGGCGCAAGUGGCGGCAGGGUAACAUGCGCGUCAUCACGGCCGUCUACCUGCACUGCCGGCCCGAGCUGCGCGACGAGUGGCUGGCCGGGUCCGACAUCGACGCCGAGGUAGAGGAGGCGCUCCCACUCGAGCAGGCCCUGCGCAGCCUCACCCACUGGUUCAACGUCCGCCGCUACCCGGACCGCAUGGGGCCCGACUCGACCGCCACCCUGCGCGAGGGCCACGACUUCUUCGCGAGGGAGCUCGAGCGCGCAGACCUACAGUGGGCCGGCGACCUCGCCGACGACGGCUCAUCGCUGAGCGAGUGGGAGGGCAUUCCUCCGUCCUAGAGAGAGCUGUCUAGAUGGCGUGUUCCGUUGGGGUUUUUUUUUUUUUUGCGUGUCGUGUUUUCCCCCGCUUCUUCUUUGGCUCAUCUUGUUGUGCUGGUAGAUACGAUUUCCGAUAGACAAGAUUCCCAUCCGUCAUUUGCUCAGAGCAUGCUUCACUUGCUCAAUGAUCUGACGACGAUAAUAAUACACGUGAUCAUCACAAUGCUC